AUGGUUUCUCAAAACGCAGCUAUGCACCGUAUCCUUUUGACGGCCACCGCCGUUCUUUUGGGCAUCAGACAAAUCAAUGCGGAGCUCGUGGAGAAUGAAGACACGAGGUGUGAUGACGCUGUGUGCGCUGGACACGACAGAAGCGCUUCUGAGGAGGUCCAGGCCCUUCGAACAGAGCUCCUCCAGACUGCCGUGCAGCUGAAGCGCAGCAAAGAGGCGCCCAACGAGAUGCUGCAUGAUCUGCAGAUCGAGACCUUCCAGGCCGAGUCCGAAAACCGAGAGGCCCUGCGAAGGCAGGCAGAUGCCAUGGCGGCGGAGACACGAACCGCAGAGGCCCUGAAGGCCAUGCACCACGAGACGUCCACCGGACCUCCGCAGGCGUUGCAUGCACCCAGCGACCCGAAGCCGAAGCACUCGAAACAUCAUGGGAACAGCCAGAACAAGCUCCUCGAGGAGGCCAUGAUCCCGGCCGGUGCCCUUGUUGCAGGCGUGCUUCUGCUGUGGUACGAGCUGACGACUGCAGGGAUUCUGGCCAUCUACUUCGGCGCACAGGCCGGCUUCACCCUCUACAUGAAGGUUGUCCUGUCCAACUCGGUCAUCUCGAAGGAGCUGGGCAUUUCUGGUGUGCCUGCCGGCUUCCUUGUCACUGCAGUGCAGCAGGUUGUGGCAUUCUUUGUGCUGGCCGUCAUCGUUGCGGUCAUGUACUGCACGCCUUACCGAUACACCCCCAGACGGCUCAAGAGCUGGUCCGAGGUUGCCUGCGUGAUUCUCUUUUCCUUCGCCUUCUCCUUGAACAUCGGCCUGAACAAUUUCAGCCUGUCCUUGCUUGCGGUCUCGCUGAACAUGAUUAUCCGGUCCUGUCUGCCCGUCGUUACCCUGGCCUUCCAGCAAAUCCUGGGGCCGUGCAUCCCCGACUUAGCGCAGAAGGUGCGGAUGACGGAAGUGAUAUUGAUGGUGGCAGGCGUGGUCUUUGCGGCUGUAGCGACCGUGGCAAAGAGUGAAGGCUCGCAUCAUGGUGGUGCCGAGUCCAAGAACUUGCUGCUCGGGGUUAUGGUCUGCACCUUGUCUGACGCAGCCUGCGCGAUCAAUCUCAUCCUGGGCAACAUGUUCGGCAGCUCGCUGGACCCCCCGCUAAAUCCUGUAGACACCAUCUUCUACAUGGCCUUGCCGUGCGCGCUUUUUCUGAUGCCAGCCUCCAUCCUCUUCUUGCAUCCGGUGGAUUGGGCUAACUUCGGCGACAUCACUGAUCUUCAGGUCUUUCAAAAGGUCAUGGAGCUCAGCCCAUCCACCAUGCUGUGGGUUAUCCUCUCUGGCUGCAUCGCCGCAGGAUACAACGUCCUGCAGUACACCGUGGUUCAGAGACUAUCUGCCAGCCAUGCCGCCUUCGCCGGCAACUUCAACAAGGCUGCCACCAUCAUGCUCUCCAUCUGCAUGGGCUUAGAGAGCCUCCCCGGUGGUGUGUGGAGCGCAGUGCGCCGGCCGAAGUAG